CUGGAUUCGGCCACAUGUUCAGAUAAUAGAUAACAACGACUCCAACCCCCAAACAAAAAGAAAAGGAAAAAAAGCCGUUGGUUUGCAUUAUUCUCUCGUGAGGAGACGGCCCUUUUCACAGACGAAAGAAACCUUGAGUUGACAGCCCAGCCGCACCACGAGACAAGAUGACAGCACAGGCGUACAACCUUUGGGUCGGCGGCCAGGAGAAACCGGGACAUGCAGAGGGGAUCCCGGUUGAAGACCCCGCGACGGGUGAGGUUUUUGCCCACUGUCACGCGGCAUCGCCUCAAGAUGUCGACGAGACCAUCCGCCUCGCGCACGACACUUUCAAGGCCGGAACGUGGUCCAGGCUGCCGCGCCACGUCCGGGCCGACGUCCUCGACAGGACGGCAGAGCUCCUGACGGCGGAGCUGCCCCAGCUGAUCCCCCUCGAGGUGCGCCAGACGGGACGCGCGAUACGCGAGAUGCGCGCGCAGGUUCCAACGCUGGUCAAGUGGUUCAAGUACUACGCGGCGCUGCUGCGCACCGAGGAGCGCGCGGUGCUGCCGACGGUGGGGAAGCUGCACAACUGGGUCGACCGCGUGCCGCUGGGCGUCGUGGUGCAGAUCACGCCCUUCAACCACCCGCUGCUCAUCGCCGUCAAGAAGCUGGCGCCCGCCCUCGCCGCGGGCAACAGCGUCGUCGUGAAGCCGAGCGAGCUGACGCCCCUCACGACGCUGCUGCUCGGCGGCAUCCUCAAGAGGGCGGGCGUGCCCGACGGCGUCUUCAGCGUGCUGCCCGGCUACGGCGCCACGACGGGCAGGUCCCUCGUCGAGCACCCGCUCGUCCGCAAGGUCGACGUCACGGGCGGCACGGCAGCGGGCAGGGCCAUCGGGACCAUCGUCGGCGGCAACCUGGCGCGGUACACGGCGGAGCUGGGCGGCAAGGCGCCGCUGGUCGUGUUCGAGCAGGCCGACGUCGACGUGGCCGUCAAUGGCAUCGCGUUCGGGUCCUUCAUCGCCAGUGGCCAGACGUGCGUCGCUAGCACGAGGAUUCUCGUCCAGGAGAGCAUCCUGCCGGCCGUGCUGGAGAAGCUCAAGGCUAAAGCCGAGUCCAUCACGCGGCGCAUGGGGUCGCCGAGCAACGAGCAGUCCAUGAUGGGCCCGCUGAUCUCGGCGAAGCAGCUGCAGAACGUCGAGGCGCUCGUCGACGAGGCGGUCACCGGCGGCGAGGGCGCAGCGUUCACGGGCGGGCGUCGCAUGUCUGGGACGAGCAGCCUCGACGGUAUCGACUUUAGCAAGGGCUACUUCUUCGAGCCGACGGUGCUCGUGUCGGCGGGGGGCGGUGGUGACAUCCUCAAGACGCGCAUCUGGCGCGAGGAGGCGUUUGGGCCGGUGGUGGUGGUGGCGCCCUUCCGGACGGAGGGCGAGGCCAUCGCGCUUGCCAACGACAGCGACUUCGGGCUGGGGGCGGGCGUCUGGACGCGCGACGUGGCGCAGGCGUUUCGGGUGUCGGAGCAGAUAGACGCGGGCAUCGUGUGGGUGAACACGCAUCACCGAAACGACCCCAGCAGUCCGUGGGGCGGCGCAAAGAGUGCGAGCGGCGUCGGCAGCGAGAACGGCGUCGAUGCGUACCACGCCUACACGACGACCAAGAGCACCAUCAUCAGCUUCGCGAGCCCGGACGAGGCGCUGGCGGCGGACGACUGGUUCCGCGAGGGGGCCGGCGAUGUGCGGUACGGCUAGGCCAGGCUUGUUUUCCCUUCUCCUCUCAAUAUUCCUACCUACAUCUCACAUCUAUGCAUUAUACCUAUCUACCUACUACCUACACACAUUCGACAUACCUGACUAUGCAUAACCACCACAUCCGUUGUCGAUUCAACCCGGUCAAGGAAGGCUUGAGUUGUGAGUGAGGAAGAGGGAACAGACAGUGGAAGAGACGAUGACGCCAUGUUCCUCUCAUGUUCGGGGAUGAAGUCAAGGGCCUGUUUGUUUCAGAGGAAAGUGUUGAACAUGCUGUCAGUGCGGCGUAUGCAUGCAUGCAUGCAUGUUCUUGUUGCAAACCAAACGAAACGACUUGUCAACGAGGUGUGUCUCAGACUCCAGAUCCCGAUGUAGGUGCAGCAUAUGCAGAUGACUUGGUUUGAACGAGUCAACAAAAACAGAAACAAAAGCUCAGCCUAUCUAUA